AUGCUCUGUUCCACCUUCGGAUUCCCAACCAGCCGCACCCGGGGACCUGGGAGGAAUAAGAGGAGCCAGGACCUGACACUCAGCGCCGGAUCGUCCUCGUACAUCAGUGAUCCUGCUCCCGCUCCUCGGACCCGCUCUGCUCUCCUGCCUCUGAUCCGGCUCCACCCUCCCGGUACUGUCCGCCCCUUCUCUGACUCCGCUCCACUCACCCUGCUCCUGCUCCCUGCACCCGCUCCACUUCCCCGUCUCAGACCCUGCUCCAUCCUGCCGGUGUUGUCCGUCCUGCCCCUGUCUCCGUCUCCCACGCCCCGGGACUACGACUCACGUCCUGUUCCUGGUUCCCUAACAAUCGAGUCAAGAUCAUGUGGAGAACAAUCGAGUCAAGAUCCUGUGGAGAACGAUCGAGUCAAGAUCCUGUGGGACUCGAUCGUUCUCCACGACUUUGAAGAACAAUCGAGUCUAGAUCCUGUGAAGAACAAUCGAGUCAAGAUCCUGUGGGACUCGAUAGUACUCCACGACUUUGAAGAACGAUCGAGUCAAGAUCCUGUGGAGAACGAUCGAGUCAAGAUCCUGUGGAGAACGAUCGAGUCAAGAUCCUGUGGGACUCGAUCGUUCUCCACGACUUUGAAGAACGAUCGAGGCAGUGACCUUCCUUUUUACAUGUUGAAUUUGGACGAUGUCUAUGAGAGGCACCUUCAGUGGCAGACUCUUCUGCCCAGAGUGAAGCCUUUCUAUGCAGUGAAGUGCAACCCCACAGCAGAAGUUCUGAGGACACUUGUUGCACUGGGAACAGGGUUUGACUGUGCCAGCAAAAGGGAGAUUGAGAAAGUCUUGUCUUUGGGAGUGACCCCAGACAGAAUUAUUUACGCAAAUACAACCAAACCCCAGUCCCACAUCCGAUACGGCAGUGCAGCAGGAGUGGACAUGAUGACGUUUGACUGUGAAGAGGAGCUCCUAAAGAUCUCCACCUCUCACUCCAAAGCAAAACUGGUGCUCCGUAUUUCAGUGGAUGACUCCAAAUCUCUUGCAAAACUAAAUGUAAAGUUUGGAGCAAAGCUCCAUGUUGUUGGUGACCUGCUGAAACGAGCUCAAGAGCUUCACUUAAAUGUCAUUGGUGUCAGUUUCCAUGUUGGAAGUUUGUGCCCAGACAGCGAACCGUAUAAGAUGGCCAUAACAGAUGCUCGACUGGUCUUUGAUCAAGCCAGUCGUCUUGGUUUUCACAUGAGACUUCUGGACAUUGGUGGUGGAUUCACUGGUAAUGAAAAGUUUCCGAAGAUGGCUCAAAAAAUCAAUGAGGUCCUGGAUGAAUUGUUCCCCUUGGACAGUGAGGUGCAGAUUAUUGCUGAACCUGGACGCUUCUUUGUGGAAAGUGCUUUUACAUUGGCCAUGAAUGUGAUCUCCAAAAAGUACGACACGACCGACAGUGCAGAGACAAAAUCAACAAAAGUAAUGAUCUACUUUGUGAAUGAUGGAAUCCAUGGCUCCUUUGGAAUUUACGUCCUGUUUCCUGAAAGUAAAGAACACAUUUCUUUAGACCUUCACCGGCCUGUGGAGCCCACUGAGCCAAAGUACAAGUCUGUUAUCUGGGGCCCCACCUGUAACAGUGUGGACGUGGUCACCUCCCUGUGGAUGCCGGAGUUACAUGUCGGGGAUUGGCUUCUCGCUCGUUGGCUUGGUGCUUAUUCACUUUCACUGUCAUCUGACUUCAAUGGAUUUGAAAAAGCUCAGAUUUACCCUGUGUAUUUUGAUGUGGUUCCUGACCUUUUUCUCCAAACAGUCGCCAUUUUACCAGUGGAUAAAAUGUCCAGCAAUGAGGACCUGACGCUGAUCACUGCUGGCGUCAUGUGA